AUGAUUUCCACCAACAUUCCAGGUUUCCAACAAGAUGAAACCAAGCCUCCAAGGGCAGGAUCUCCUACAUCAGUGGAGAAAGAUAUAUUGAGAUACUACUAUUACAUUCACAAUGGGAUUGACACUGAACAUGUAGCCGCAAUGGAAGAUUCCUGGCUAGAACAUGUCUUGGAAUUAGUCCCACGACAUUUGAAAGCACUGAGCAGCACCAUUGAUUCACUUUCUGAUGAAAUGAAGGAGGACUAUCUUUUCAGUGUAAAGAAAGCUAUAGUUGACUUUGUUUUACGAGACCCAAGAGAAAAAGAUGAUGAUAAGAAGCAAGACCUCCCACCUCAUCGUGCAGAAGUGGCAAUUCUACCAAAACCAUGGCAUAAGUCUUAUUUGGCAGGCUGCAGCCUUAUACAAGACAAACUAAAUAUCACAAAUCCUACAAUGUUGGCUGUUCUCGAUUUAUGGCAUGUUUCAUUUGAGGAAUUACGUCUGAUCGAUACUGAAGAAUUUCAUAAUCAUCAGGAGUCCCUAGAGCUGAAUGUAUUUCAGAACCUAAUUGUGAGACAUAUUGAGUCUGCCAAGGAGAAGCUGUUUAAAAAGUGGUUUCCAGAAGUGCAAAACAUAUAUUACCAAGGAAACAAACGAAAGCAGAUUCCCAGCAGCAGCAACACUGCCAAAUUGGAGUCUUUCUUCAAUUGUGCUGCAGCACUGAUGACAUCCCAGCUUCAGAGUUUAGCACUGGCUUCUAUUCAAGAUUUUACUGACUUGAUUGUGCAACCACUGGAUUCCAUCCGUGUGUAUGAACACCCAGGCUUCAUUAUGAGACUGAUUCUGGACAAUGUUACAAUCAGAUUUGAACCUGAAUUUGAUGACUACGAAACAAUAUUUCUUAGUGUUUAUGAUAUAAUGCUGAAAGCUGUUAGCCUUGUGCCAAGGGUUGAAACUAAGUUGUAUUCCGAAUGGCCAGGUAAGAAAUCCAACACCACCCUGAAGCCUAUUAUUCUAGAUGAAAUUCUUAAAGUAAACAAGAUGAAAAUCAAAGAUGUGAUUGUCAAAGAAAGCCUUGGACCAAAAGACCAUGUAAAAUUGUAUGAUAAGUAUUACAUGCUGGUGAACAAACAAGCAGAGGUAGAUGUCGAUCAUUUCCUCAAUGAAGAGCACAACUUUGAAGACACUAUGCGAGAAGUUACGAAGUAUCAACGACUCAUGGAUGAAAUACAGUACAACUCCAUUAAGGUCAUUCGCUUGGGAAUGUUUGAACUGCACUGUGAUGAGCUCAUUAGAGCUCUAGCAAAACGUGCUGAAGCUCUUUGUUCAAAACUUGUCAACAAAUUGUGCAGAGACCAUCAAGAAUCUAAUAAGAGACUGUGUGAUGAGUUUGAAAAAAUAGCAGAAAAAGCUCUGAGCACACCUCCUAACACACAGGAAGUAAUUGACCUUAAGGCUUAUGUACUGAAGGCAGAGAAUGAAGACAUGAUUGAAAUGGAGCAGAAACUAGUAGAUGUUAAAAAUCGUUUGGCUUUCUUGGUGGACUAUGCCACAUUUUCCCCUGCGGACAUUAGACUAAAUAGCAGUACAUUUCAGUGGUAUACACGGAUGCCAGAAAUCUUCGAAGAACACAGGACUAUUGUAAAAGAGAAGACUGAGCAAUAUCAGGAAGGACUUAAGCUCCGUUGUGAAAGAUUUAUCGAAGAAUUGGGAAGCUAUGCAAAGCAGAUUGAAGAAUUUGUCACUUUUGGAGACAUGUCUGAAAUUAACCGAUAUUUACGUAAAGCUCAGUCACUGAAUUCAAAGCUGGAAGCUGCUGCUGAAAAGAUUGAUCAAUUUAAUGCUGAAGAAGAAGCUUUUGGAUGGCCAGCAUCCCAGUAUCCACAACGUAAAAAGAUUCAAGACACUCUUAACCCCUACCUUAAAUUAUAUGAAAUUGCAGUGGAGUUCACUACAAAAUACAAAGAAUGGAUGGAAGGGCAUCUUUCUAAAGUUAACCCAGAUCAAGUGGAGCAGGAUGUUGGAAAUUACUGGCGAUUACUUUAUAAACUAGAAAAGAGUUUUGUAGACUCUCCAAAUGCUUUAGAAAUUGCCAAAAAGGUAAAAAAUAAGGUAGAAGGGUUCAAAGAACACACACCUCUCAUUCAGGUACUUUGCAAUCCUGGUUUGAGGGAAAGACACUGGAAUGCUAUGUCUGAAAUGGUUAAUAUUUCACUUCAUCCUGCAGAGGACACAACUGUUUCUAAGUUUAUUGCAAUGAAACUAGAGCCGUAUUUAAACAAAUUUGAAAGUAUAAGUGAAGCUGCCAGCAAGGAGUAUUCACUAGAAAAGGCUAUGGAGAAAAUGAUUUCUGAAUGGGACACAAUGGAGUUCAGACUUAUUCCAUACAGAGAAACUGGAACAUAUAUUUUAUCAGCUGUUGAUGAAAUUCAAAUGCUACUGGAUGAUCACAUUGUUAAAACACAGACUAUGCGAGGAUCUCCUUUCAUUAAAGUGUUUGAGAAAGAAAUCAGAGACUGGGAAGGGAAGCUAUUGCUUCUGCAAGAAAUUUUGGAUGAGUGGCUGAAGGUUCAAGCUACAUGGCUAUAUCUGGAGCCAAUAUUCAGUUCUCCAGACAUUAUGGCUCAAAUGCCAGAGGAAGGCAGGAGGUUCACUACUGUGGAUAAAACAUGGAGGGACACAAUGAAACAGGUUUUAUUAGACAGCCAUGUACUCGCUGUAGUAGCUAUUGACAAGAUGUUGGAAAAGCUUAAGAAGUCUAAUGAGCUGCUGGAACUGAUUCUGAAGGGACUCAAUGAAUAUCUAGAAAAGAAACGUUUGUUUUUUCCAAGAUUUUUCUUCCUUUCCAAUGAUGAGCUACUUGAAAUUCUUUCAGAGACAAAAGAUCCUACAAGGGUGCAGCCUCACCUGAAAAAGUGUUUUGAAGGUAUUGCUAAAGUGGAGUUUACAGAUGUUUUAGAUAUAACUCACAUGAAAAGUAGUGAAGGUGAAGUUGUGGAGCUCAUUGAGACCAUUUCCACAUCUAAAGCAAGAGGUCAAGUUGAAAAGUGGCUUGUUGAGCUGGAGUCUGCCAUGCUGCGUUCCCUUCACAAGGUUAUUGGUGAAGCAAUUGAAGCCUACCCCAAAUCCUUACGUAUAAACUGGGUAAGGGAAUGGCCAGGCCAGACGGUUCUUUGUGUUUCACAAACAUAUUGGACAGAAGAAGUACAUAAAGCCAUCAGAGGAGGACAGCAGGCACUUGAGGAUUACCUGCAACAGAACAAUACUCAGAUUGAUGAUAUUGUCACCCUAGUGCGUGGGCAGCUUACUAAACAGAACAGAGUUACCCUUGGGGCACUGGUUGUGCUUGAUGUUCAUGCAAGGGAUGUCCUUGCAACUCUGGUGCAGAAAAAAGUUGGUGAUGAAAAUGACUUUGAGUGGUUAAGUCAGCUGAGAUAUUACUGGGAGGAGUCUCAGCUUCAGACUAAGAUGAUUAAUGCAGGCCUUGCAUAUGGAUAUGAAUAUCUUGGUAAUACUCCUCGGCUGGUUAUCACACCUCUUACAGAUAGAUGUUACAGAACUCUGUUUGGUGCAUUGCAUCUUCAUUUGGGAGGGGCUCCAGAAGGACCUGCUGGUACAGGAAAGACCGAGACAACCAAAGACUUGGCAAAGGCUGUAGCUAAGCAGUGUGUGGUGUUCAACUGUUCUGAUGGGCUGGACUACAUUGCUUUAGGAAAAUUCUUUAAGGGACUGCUUUCCUGUGGAGCUUGGGCUUGCUUUGAUGAGUUUAAUAGAAUUGACCUGGAAGUACUUUCAGUUGUUGCUCAACAGAUCCUGACUAUCCAGAGAGGCAUCAGCACAGGAUCUGAUACAUUAGUCUUUGAAGGAACAGAACUGAAGCUGGACCCUACAUGUGCUGUAUUUAUUACUAUGAACCCAGGAUAUGCAGGACGCUCAGAGCUUCCAGAUAAUCUCAAGGCCUUGUUUCGGACAGUAGCCAUGAUGGUUCCAGAUUAUGCAAUGAUUGCAGAGAUUGUCUUAUAUUCCUGUGGGUUUGUAACAGCUCGACCACUGUCUGUUAAGAUUGUGGCUACAUAUCGGCUCUGCUCAGAACAGUUAUCUUCCCAACAUCACUAUGACUAUGGAAUGAGAGCUGUAAAAUCUGUGUUAACUGCAGCUGGGAAUCUGAAGCUGAAGUAUGCCACAGAAGAUGAAGAAAUUUUACUCCUGAGAUCAAUUAUUGAUGUUAAUUUGCCUAAAUUCUUGGCGCAUGAUUUGCCCCUCUUUGAGGGAAUUACUUCAGAUUUAUUUCCUGGUGUGAAGCUGCCAAAGCCAGACUAUCGCAUCUUAUUGGAGGCCAUCAAGGAGAACUGUCAGCGCAUGAACUUACAAAUGACUAACUUCUUUACUGAGAAGAUCUUGCAGGUGUAUGAGAUGAUGAUUGUGCGUCAUGGCUUUAUGAUUGUUGGAGAGCCAUUUGGUGGAAAGACAUGUGCAUACCGUGUCUUGGCUGCAGCUUUAAGUGAUAUUUGUGAAAAGGGCCUGAUGGAUGAAACUAAAGUUCAGAUUACAGUUAUCAACCCAAAGUCUAUUACAAUGGGCCAACUUUAUGGCCAGUUUGAUCCAGUGUCACAUGAAUGGUCAGAUGGUAUCCUGGCAGUCAGCUACAGAGCAUUUGCCGUGUCUGCAACUCCAGACAGGAAAUGGUUGAUAUUUGAUGGCCCAGUAGAUGCAGUAUGGAUUGAAAAUAUGAACACCGUCUUGGAUGAUAAUAAAAAGCUGUGCCUGAUGAGUGGGGAGAUCAUCCAGAUGUCUCCACAGAUGAGUCUCAUCUUUGAGCCAAUGGAUCUAGAGGUUGCUUCACCAGCUACAGUCUCCAGAUGUGGAAUGAUAUACAUGGAGCCCCACCUUCUUGGUUGGAGGCCUCUGAUGGUAUCUUGGUUAAAUAUUAUGCCUCCUGGGGUCAAACCACUACACAAAAAAGUGAUUGAAGGACUGUUUGACAGAAUGGUUCCACCAUGUGUUCAGUUUGUUAGGAAAUCAGCUAAGGAGCUGUCACCUACAUCAGAUACAAACUUAGUUCGAUCCUUAAUGAAUCUCAUGGACUGUAUGAUGGAUGAAUUUGCAGAUGAAUCCAAAAUAAAAAGUAUGAAUGAAAGAGAUAUUUGCUCUUGGCUUGAGGGUAUUUUCCUCUUCUCACUGAUCUGGUCUGUGGGAGCUAGCUGCACUGAAGACAGUCGGUUGAAAUUUGACAAGCUUUUACGUGAAAUAAUCGAUGGACCUCUUAGUGAGGAGACAAGAACAAAGUUUAACAUUCUGGACCAUGUGGAACCACCUGAGAAGCCCUUCACAGUUAAAAUUCCUAAGGAAGGAACAGUAUAUGAGUAUAGAUUUGUGAAAGAGGGACAAGGCCGGUGGGAACAGUGGACUGAUGCACUCCUUUCUGCACCACCAGUUUCUAAAGAUAUGGCAUUUAAUGAAAUUAUCAUACCAACCAUGGACACUGUGCGGUAUACUGCACUGAUGCAAUUGUUAAUUCUUCAUCAGAAGCCUUGUAUAUUUGUGGGCCCUACAGGAACCGGCAAAAGUGUCUAUAUUAUUGAUUUCCUUUUAAAUCACUUAAACAAGGAUGUGUAUAAACCAUUGCUAAUUAACUUCUCUGCACAAACGACUGCAGCUCAGACUCAAAAUAUUAUCAUGUCAAAGUUGGAUAAAAGGAGGAAGGGAGUCUUUGGUCCACCACUUGGAAAGAAAACGGUUGUGUUCGUAGAUGAUGUAAAUAUGCCUGCUCGAGAAACUUAUGGCGCACAACCACCUGUUGAAUUACUUCGUCAGUGGUUAGAUCACUGGAACUGGUAUGAUUUAAAGGACUGCUCUAUGAUCAAGCUUAUUGAUAUUCAAAUUAUAUGCGCAAUGGGACCUCCUGGUGGUGGACGGAAUCCAAUAACUCCAAGAUUUCUGCGCCACUUCAACACAGUUACCAUCAAUGAGUUUGAUGAUAAAUCAAUGUACACUAUUUUCUCUCGCAUCUUUGACUGGCAUCUUACUAUAAAGUACAGUUUCCCUAAGGAAUAUAUAGUUAUGACCCCUAACAUCAUCCAUGGCACAAUGACUAUCUAUAAGGAAGCAAUGAAGAACCUGCUACCCACCCCCACUAAGUCACACUAUCUUUUUAAUCUGCGUGACUUUUCUCGUGUUAUUCAAGGAGUUUGUCUUUCUAGGCCAGAAACAGCUGAAUCACCAGCAGUGAUUAAACGGCUCUGGGUUCAUGAGGUAUUACGGGUAUAUUAUGACAGAUUGGUGGACAAUAAUGAUCGAGCUUGGCUUGUGGAAUGUAUUGAAGGUGUGGUGAAAAACAACCUGCAUGAAGAUUUUCACCAACUCUUUCAACAUCUAGACUUCAAUGCUGAUGGGAAAGUGGUAGAGGAUGACUUGCGCAGUCUAAUGUUUUGUGAUUUCCAUGACUCCAAAGGAGAAGACAAGAACUACAGAGAGAUAUUUGAUGUUGACAAACUAAGGAUGGUUGUUGAAGCACACUUGGAAGAGUUUAAUAAUCUCAGCAAAAAGCCAAUGAAACUUGUUUUGUUUAGGUUUGCCAUAGAACAUAUCUGUAGAAUUUCUCGCAUCCUGAAACAGCCACAGGGGCAUGCUUUGCUGGUUGGAGUUGGUGGUAGUGGUCGACAGUCUGUUACUCGUUUAGCAGCUCAUAUGUCUGAUUAUGAACUGUUUCAGGUAGAAUUAUCCAAGACCUAUGGCAUUAAUGAGUGGCGUGAGGAUCUGAAGCACAUUCUUAGAAAAUCUACUGAAGGUGAAAUGCAAGGAGUUUUCCUGUUUACUGACACUCAGAUUAAAAAGGAGUCUUUCCUGGAAGACAUCAAUAAUUUACUGAAUGCAGGAGAAGUACCAAAUCUUUUUGCAUUAGAUGAGAGACAGGAAAUUUGUGAACGAAUGCGUCAGAUAGACCGUCAGCGAGAUAAAUCAAAACAGACUGAUGGCAGCCCACUGGCUCUUUUCAAUAUGUUUCUUGACCGUUGCCGUAGUCAACUCCAUGUAGUCCUGGCCAUGAGCCCAAUCGGAGAUGCAUUUCGUGUGCGCCUAAGGAAAUUUCCAGCUCUAGUUAACUGCUGCACUAUUGACUGGUUUCAGACAUGGCCAGAAGAUGCUUUGCAAGCUGUAGCAUCUCGUUUCCUUGAAGAUAUUGAAAUGUCUGAACAAAUACGCAGUGGCUGUAUUGAAAUGUGUAAGAGCUUCCACACUUCCACUAUUCGUUUAUCUGAAAAAUUUCACACUGAAUUGCAGAGGCACAACUACGUAACACCUACCUCUUAUCUGGAACUGAUAUCCACAUUCAAAACCUUGCUAGAAAAAAAACAGUCUGAAGUUAUGAAGAUGAAAAGGAGAUAUGAAGUUGGUUUGGAAAAGCUGGAAUCUGCUGCUUCACAAGUAGCUACCAUGCAGGUUGAGUUGGAAGCCUUGCAGCCCCAACUUAAGGUUGCUAGUAAAGAAGUAGAUGACAUGAUGGUCAUUAUUGAGAAGGAAUCAAUUGAGGUUACCAAAACAGAGAAGAUUGUUAAAGCUGAUGAGGCUGUUGCCAAUGAACAAGCUAUGGCUGCAAAAGCUAUUAAAGAUGAAUGUGAUGCAGACUUGGCAGAAGCCUUACCAAUUUUAGAAUCUGCUUUAGCUGCUUUGGACACCCUCACAACACAGGAUAUCACAGUAGUGAAGUCUAUGAAGAGUCCACCUGCUGGCGUCAAACUGGUCAUGGAAGCAAUAUGUAUUUUGAAAGGAAUUAAACCUGAUCGUAUUCCAGAUCCUUCUGGAUCAGGCAGAAAAAUUGAGGAUUUCUGGGGUCCUGCCAAAAAACUGUUGGGUGAUAUGAAAUUCCUGCAGUCACUUCAUGAAUAUGAUAAAGACAACAUACCUGCAAGUUACAUGGCUACUAUAAGGAAACAGUAUGUCACUAACCCAGAGUUUGUCCCAGAGAAGAUUAGGAAUGCUUCCACAGCAGCCGAGGGGUUAUGUAAAUGGGUAAUAGCAAUGGAUUCCUAUGACAAGGUGGCAAAAGUUGUAGCACCCAAGAAAGAAAAACUACACCAGGCUGAAGGUGAACUAAAGAUAGCCAUGGAUGGUCUGCGAAAGAAACAAGCAACACUUAAGGAAGUUCAAGACAAACUAGCCAAACUACAAAUGCAACUUGAAGCUAAUAAACAAAAGAAAACAGACUUAGAAAAUCAGGUUGACUUGUGCAGCAAGAAGCUAGAGCGAGCAGAGCAGCUGAUUGGAGGCCUUGGGGGUGAGAAGACCCGUUGGAGUGAAACUGCCAAGCGACUGGGGAAGCAGUACAUUAACCUAAAUGGAGAUGCCCUUAUUUCAUCUGGAAUUGUGGCAUACUUGGGAGCUUUCACAUCAACCUACAGACAAAUUCAAGCAAAGGAAUGGGUAUCAUUGUGCAAGGACAGGGAGAUACCCUGCUCAGAUGAUUUUUCUCUGAUGAGUACUUUAGGUGACCCUGUGAAGAUCAGAUCAUGGAAUAUUGCUGGUUUACCUUCUGACAGUUUUUCCAUUGAUAAUGGGAUUAUUAUAUCAAAUGCCAGGCGAUGGCCUUUGAUGAUAGAUCCACAGGGCCAAGCAAAUAAAUGGAUUAAAAAUAUGGAAAAAGCAAACACCCUUCACAUCAUUAAACUGAGUGAUGCUGACUUUGUAAGAACUCUGGAAAACUGCAUUCAAUUUGGUACACCUGUGCUAUUGGAAAAUGUUGGAGAAGAACUAGACCCAAUCCUGGAACCUUUACUGCUGAAGCAAACAUUUAAACAGGGAGGAUCAAUAUGUAUCCGACUUGGAGACUCUACCAUUGAGUAUGCCCCUGAUUUCCGAUUUUAUAUAACAACUAAACUGAGAAAUCCACAUUAUCUUCCAGAAACAUCUGUUAAGGUUACUUUACUGAAUUUUAUGAUAACACCUGAAGGAAUGCAAGAUCAGCUUCUGGGAAUUGUAGUGGCUAGAGAAAGACCCGAUCUUGAGGAAGAAAAGCAAGCUUUAAUCUUACAAGGUGCUGAGAACAAAAGGCAGCUCAAAGAAAUCGAAGACAAAAUUUUAGAAGUACUUUCAGCUUCAGAAGGCAACAUUUUAGAAGACGAGACUGCCAUUAAGAUACUGUCUUCCUCCAAGGUUCUAGCUAAUGAAAUCUCAGAGAAGCAAGCAAUUGCUGAGGCGACAGAGAAGAAGAUUGAUGUUACUCGCAUGGGUUAUCGUCCCAUUGCAGUUCAUUCUUCAAUUCUGUUCUUCUCCAUUGCAGACCUGGCAAACAUUGAGCCUAUGUAUCAAUACUCUCUGAACUGGUUUAUUAAUCUCUUCGUCAUGUCGAUUGAAAAUUCUGUAAAAUCUGAAGAUUUACAGGCAAGGCUGCAGAUCCUCAAGGAACACUUUACUUACUCCUUAUACGUUAACGUGUGCCGCUCCCUGUUUGAGAAGGACAAGCUGCUUUUCUCAUUCUGCUUGACUGUGAAUCUUUUGAAGCAUGAUAAGAUGAUUGAUGACAGUGAAUGGAAGUUUUUGCUGACUGGUGGCAUUGGUCUGGACAAUCCAUACUCUAAUCCUUGUACUUGGCUGCCUCAAAAGUCAUGGGAUGAAAUCUGCCGUCUUGAUGACCUGCCAAACUUCAAAGGCAUCCGGAAGGAGUUUAUGAAGUUGAAGGAUGGAUGGAAAGCAGUGUAUGACAGCAUGGACCCACAUCAUGAACAUUUCCCUACCGAGUGGGAAGAAAAAGUGGGUCAGUUCCAGAGGAUGCUAGUGAUUCGCUGCCUGCGGCCUGACAAGGUUAUUCCAAUGGUACAAGAAUUUGUUAUUAACAAUUUAGGUCGACCAUUUAUUGAACCUCCGCCAUUUGACUUGAGUAAAGCCUUUGGUGACAGCCACUGCUGUGCACCUUUGAUUUUUGUGUUGUCUCCCGGUUCUGAUCCUAUGGCUGCUCUUCUGAAGUUUGCUGAUGAUCAGGGAUUUGGGGGACCUAAGCUGAGUUCACUUUCCCUUGGACAAGGACAAGGGCCUAUAGCUAUGAAAAUGAUAGAAAAAGCUGUGAAGGAGGGUAGCUGGGUAGUCCUGCAAAACUGCCACUUAGCGACAUCAUGGAUGCCAACCCUGGAAAAAGUCUGUGAGGAGUUAAAUCCUGAUACCACUCAUCCAGAUUUCCGAAUGUGGUUGACUAGUUAUCCUUCUCCAAAUUUCCCAGUGUCUGUUCUACAGAAUGGAGUAAAGAUGACCAAUGAGGCACCAAAAGGACUGAGGGCAAAUGUUAUCCGUUCCUACUUGAUGGACCCCAUUUCUGAUCCAGAGUUCUUUAACAGCUGCAAAAAACCUAAUGAAUUUAGGCGUAUGUUGUAUGGGCUCUGUUUCUUUCAUGCCUUGGUUCAAGAAAGGCGCAAAUUUGGCCCACUGGGAUGGAAUAUUCCAUACGAGUUUAAUGAGACUGACCUGAGAAUUAGUGUGCAACAGCUUAACAUGUUUCUGAACCAGUAUGAGGAAGUUCCAUAUGAUGCAUUGCGUUACAUGACUGGAGAGUGCAACUAUGGUGGCCGUGUGACAGAUGACUGGGAUCGACGCACACUCCGCACCAUCUUAAACAAGUUCUACAACCAGGAAAUCAACCAAAACCCAGAUUACAAAUUUGACUCAAGUAGCAUUUACUUUGUGCCUCCAGAUGGAGAAUGUAACAGCUACAUUGACUAUACAAAGACACUGCCUCUUAACCCAGCUCCAGAAAUCUUUGGAAUGAAUGCCAAUGCAGACAUCACUAAAGAUCAGUCAGAGACUCAGCAGCUGUUUGAUAAUAUUUUACUCACUCAGUCCCGUUCAUCAGGUGGUGGUGGUAAGACAACGGAUGAAGUUGUGUAUGAUGUUGCAGCUGAUAUUCUUAGCAAGCUUCCUUCAAACUUUGACACUGAAGCUGCCAUGAGGAAGUACCCAACUGCAUACAACCAGAGCAUGAACACUGUACUUGUCCAAGAAAUGGGUCGCUUCAAUAAACUGCUCCAUACAAUCCGGGACUCAUGCAUAAACAUACAGAAAGCAAUUAAGGGUUUGGUGGUGAUGUCUGCCGAGCUGGAAGAAGUGGUCAACAGCAUUCUGAAAGGCAAAAUCCCUGCAAUGUGGAUGAAAAAGUCCUACCCUAGUCUCAAACCCCUUGGAAGCUAUGUUAAUGAUUUCCUUGCUAGAUUAAAAUUCUUACAGGACUGGUAUGAGAACGGCACUCCAGCUGUCUUUUGGCUUUCUGGCUUCUUCUUUACUCAGGCUUUUCUGACAGGGGCCCAGCAAAAUUUUGCAAGAAAGUAUACUAUUCCAAUUGACCUUCUGGGAUUCGACUAUGAGGUUCUAGAAGAUAAGGAAUAUAAGCAGCCCCCUGAAGAUGGUGUUUAUAUCUAUGGAUUAUUUCUGGAUGGUGCUCGCUGGGACAAGAAAACUAAGAGGCUAGCAGAAUCUCAUCCUAAGAUCCUGUAUGAUUCUGUGCCAGUGAUGUGGUUAAAACCUUGCAAGAGAAAUGAUAUUGUAGAUCGACCAUCUUAUACAGCACCUGUUUACAAGACCAGUGAGAGAAGAGGCACAUUAUCUACAACAGGACAUUCUACCAAUUUUGUAAUAGCAAUGACACUCCCUUCAGAUAAACCUCAGGAGCACUGGAUUGGACGAGGUGUGGCCCUGUUGUGCCAGCUAAGCUCUUAACUAAAGCUAUACUCGUAUGUAUAUAAUGUAUGUCUUCAGUUUCACCUCCAAAAUCUACACUUCUGAUCUGAGGCCUAAAAUCAGCCUAAUGAUACUACUAUAUUUCUGAAAGACAGACUCUCUCACUAUAAUGGAAGUAUGAAUACAAAUCAGACAGUGUAAACUGUAUGGAGUUUACAACACCCUUUAACCCCCCCAAAAGAAAUAACAAACUAUUUUUUUUAUUCUCUGCACAAUUUUACUUUGUAUUUUAUACAAGUGACAAUAUACAACAAUAAAAACAAAAGGUAGCAAAUGAUCAAUUGUAGCAUUUUUAAAUAAUGAUAAAAAAAAUUUGAUUCUGCUACAGAAAAUGCAGACUAACAUCACAGCCAUUACAGUUUAUUUUCAAAUGAAAUGCACCAGUACUCUUUGUUUCAUGUUUAAUUACAAACACAUAACUGGAAGAGUUAUUCUCAGCAUUAAUAACAAAUGUAAGUAAUACUUCAUAAUCACAGGUGAUCAAAUACAAAGCAGUUGCGAUGGUCUACAUCAAAGCUGGAAAGAAUGUCACACAGUGACAAAACAAUAAUGCAGGCUAACACUUGAUAACAUUGAACUAAGUAGGUAACUUACCACAGUGCUAAUGUUCAAGCUUGUUCACUGUUGCAGGCUUAGUCAGUUAUCUGCAAUGUGCCAGGCUGAUGCUACCUUCCUACAUAUCAUCAUAUCUUGAUGUAAAAGUGUCAUCCAUCUGUUCUUAGUUAACUGUUACUUCUGUCUUGCCUCAUCUGAGGCUGACAGCAUUGCAACCUCCUGAAACCUAUUUGCUUAGUAAGGUUCAGAGAGGCAACAAAGGAAUGUAGGCUUCCAAGACAGACUGGACAAAAAGGAAAUAGAAUACUGAGUAAGGGAAAAAGAAAAAAAAAAGAAAGGGGGGGGGACAUAGACACCUCACCUGUCCAGUAAAGGGGAUAGUGGUAGUGAAACAAGACUGCAACAAUGAACACAAGCACAGAUAUUAACUAUUAUGGUAAAUUAGCUAUAUUGCGCUCUUUUGUGUAUUUCAUUAUUGUGGUCAUGAACAAAGGGAAGAUUUUCAAAGCUGUUCCUACAGUGCAAAUGAAGAUGAGGACUGGAGCAGGCCCAUCAAAACAGAAGAAGCAAAACGAGUCUUACUCUUGGAAAUCAAGUCCAGCCUAUUGUAUAGGAAACUCAUGGACCUGAAGAUCAGGUGUCUGCUUCUAAAAUAUCUGUACUUACUUCUAAUUAAAGCUGUUGUCGUAGUUGUGCUCUUGGCAGAAUGAAUCUUUAUCUUUCCAGGUAAACUUGUGUUAUAUUUGUAUUAAAAGGUAAUACAGUUUUGCCAGCCUUUUAGUAAGAGUUCGUUUUGGAACUGGUAUGCUUUCUCUCUUUGGCAGCAAAAAGCUAGGAACAGUUGGUCAAAUUUUCUUAUGCCCUUGAUUCAGUCCGGGUAAAAUUUAAUUUGCUUAUGUACAUCCAAAUUACGUGAAAUCCUUAAUCCUUUGUUUUUAGGGUAUGGGAAGAAAAAUUGGGAGUUGCAUAGCCUAGUUCAAUGAAGCUUCUGUUUUUUUGCCUUUGGCAUGAAAGGGGAAUUGGCUUUUGCAGGGUCCGUCUUUCUUCAUGGAAAUGUAAAAAUGGCUCUUUGCACACCAGGAUUUGGAUCUCAGGGACCCCCCCCCCCCUGGCAGACAUAAUGGAGGAAGCAGCUUUCCAAGGAAGGAAUCAGAGGUGAGCAUUAUGGGAUUGUUCCAAAGGGGGAAGGGGAAUGCUAUUGUUUUUUAAACAAACAUUAGGUCCCAGGCUACAGUUAAUCUCUUCCUGAGUGGUCUAAGGUGCAGGAUGUCCUCCACAAACUGUCUGACUGGAAUCUUUGUAGCUAAAGAUGGAUCCACUGGCAGAUUGGUAAAAAAACGGCUGACAAGUGCUUAAGUGAUGCAUAUGUUAGACCCAAGGCAAACAAGUCAGGUCCUGCAGCACAAGAAACGUGCUCCUUUAGGGUCUUGGCUUCUGCUCUGACACCAGGAAGAAGAUCUCUCCUGCUUUGCUAGGUAUGAUUUUAUAGUAUCCCUCAAUUUUUGUACAUCCUCUGACUAAAGAUACCCAAAGGGUAAUGAGGUCAAAUCUUUGCUGUUAAUCUAAUUGUGGUCAUGUUUAGGUGUUGAAGGGACCUCCUGAGCUGCAUCACGAGACCCAUAUGCUGGGGGUAAAAGAAGAAUCUCCCCUACUAUCUGCUUGAGAAUUAAGUGUUGCCAUGACCAACUUGGGGCAUUCAAGAUAAUUUCUAGCUUGUCAGUUCGGUUAUGGUACUAAAGGAAAGGUAUUGAGAAACAGACCUGACAAGCUCUGUGAGAUGGCAUCUGCUGCUCAAGCCUGUCUGUGUGAGGCUUUGGAGCAGAACAUCCUCAGCUGUCUGAUCUCUGUUUUAGCAAAGGUCUAUUUCUGGUCCUCCCCAUCUGGCUGUAAGGUCCAAGAAUGUUCUGGAUUCAGCAUUUACUUGGGGGGAGGUCUGCUAUUUUCCUGCUCAAACUGUCUAUCAGGGAGUUUUCGUGAGUGGGCAUGUAGGAAGUCAUCAGAGACUUCUGUACUGCUUGAGUGUCCUCCCAAGCCUGCAAGGGUAAUUUAGAGGACAGGAAUGUGUGUCCAAUUGCUUAUAUACAUGCAAAAUGACUGUUUUAUUUUCUCUGAUCACAAUCGGGACUCCUGACUUCCAUAAUGGCUUGAAAGCCCUGACAGCCUGAAAAGCUGCAAUCAUUUUAUUUUUUUUAUGUGCCUUUUCUACUUUCUGUGGCUACAAACUCCUGUACCUUGAAGUUCUGGGUUGCCCUUGUACCUUGUGGUUCUGGGUAUGCGCCCCCAAGCUACAUCUGAAGUAUUUGUGGUUAAUGUCUGUGUAGGUGGCAGUUCUCUGAAGGGUAUUCCCAUGUUCCUGUUACUUGUGUCAUCCACCAUUCUAACUCCUUCCUCACAUACGGCAGUAAUGAGGUGACACUGGUGAUUAGUUGCAUUGUUUCCAAGUAUUUUUCAAGAAACACUGACACUUCAGGUGCAGUCUGGCCAAUGGGACCAUCAUUAUAGUGGAAUCAAUGCAUCCUAAAGACCCUAGGAAUUCUCUGGUUGUAACUUCUGUCCUCAGAGUUAUGCCUGUGAAAGAGAUAAUUAAGGCUUCCUCCUUCUCCUGGAAUAUGAAGAACUGGAUGCUGUGAAAUCUAGUACUGUUUCAAGAAGCCUGCAGUUUUGGCUGGGGUCAGAUUCAAUCUCAGUGAGUUCAAAGAUAGUCCUAAAGAAGUACUGCAGGGUAUACAGAUGGGCUUUAUGUACCUCAUCCUGGAUGAGCCUUUAAUCAAGCAAGCAUCCAGGAAGAUGUUUAUAUGAAUGCAUUUGUUUUCCAGUAAACAAUUUCUGCAGCCACAGAUUCUGACAAUACUCUAGGUGCACUUGCUAAUCCAAAGGGCAAGGAAGUAAACUGAUAGCGUUGGUCUACUGGAAUACAUCUAAAACAAGGUUUGUGAAAUUUUUGUACAGGGACAUGAAACAGGAUACUGAUUUAUAUUUCUCAAAAAAAAAAAAGAAUUUUCAUUUUU